AUGCAGAGAAUGGCGCCUCUCGACCACAACGACGGCUGGGCCCAACUCGAUGCUGGGUUUUUGCACCCCUUCUGUUGGCCUCAUCCAUACCCACACCACCUUGCCCACUUCGUAGAGGACCCAGGCCGUGGCAGGCACAGUGAUCACGAGCCAGACAACGAUAAGCCCCAGCAUGUUGUAGUCUGUUGUGCUGGCAGCGGUGCUGGCUAUCUGCCCAUUGUUGCUAGGAGAUGA